GGGUACUAGAAGAUGCUUCAGUGGUAGUACCUCUUUCACAGUACAAGUUAUGAAUGAAAUUCAUUAACUAACAUCUCCCUCCUCACCCUGAGCUCCAAUAGACUUCCCGUAACGCUUGGAAGCAAGAGUCAGGGGAGAAGGGUUGAACGUCACCAUGAAGCUAAAGCAGCGAGUUGUGCUGUUGGCCAUCCUCCUGGUCAUUUUUAUCUUCACGAAAGUUUUCCUCAUUGACAACUUGGACACCUCGGCUGCCAACCGUGAAGACCAGCGCGCCUUUCACCGUAUGAUGGCGAGCCUGCGCAUCGAGCUGGACCCCCGGCUCGACCACACCAUGCAGUCCCCUUGGGAGAUCGCAGCCCAGUGGGUUGUCCCCCGGGAGGUGUAUCCCGAGGAGACGCCGGAGCUAGGGGCUGUCAUGCAUGCCAUGUCGACAAAGAAAAUAGUGAAAGCUGAUGUUGGCUACAAAGGUACUCAGCUGAAAGCCUUGCUAAUACUCGAAGGGGGGCAGAAGGUCGUCUUCAAACCUAAGAGAUAUGCCAGGGACUAUGUUGUGGAAGGAGAACCAUAUGCUGGCUAUGACAGACACAAUGCAGAAGUAGCAGCCUUCCACUUGGAUAGAAUCCUGGGCUUCCGACGAGCUCCAUUGGUAGUUGGCAGGUUUGUGAAUCUACGUACAGAGAUCAAACCAGUUGCCACAGAGCAGCUUCUGGGCACCUUCAUGACUGUGGGUAAUAGUACUUGCUUCUAUGGGAAGUGCUACUACUGUCGGGAAACGGAACCGGCCUGUGCAGAUGGGGACAUCAUGGAAGGGUCAGUGACCCUGUGGCUGCCGGACGUCUGGCCUCUCCAGAAGCAUCGGCACCCGUGGGGCAGGACUUACCGGGAAGGGAAGCUUGCCAGGUGGGAGUACGACGAAAGCUACUGUGAUGCUGUGAAGAAGACUUCCCCCUAUGACUCGGGCCCUCGUCUCCUUGAUAUCAUCGACACUGCCAUCUUCGAUUAUUUGAUUGGGAAUGCUGACCGGCAUCACUAUGAGAGUUUCCAGGAUGACGAAGGAGCCAGUAUGCUCAUCCUCCUAGAUAAUGCCAAGAGCUUUGGAAACCCUGCCCUGGAUGAAAGAAGCAUCCUAGCUCCUCUUUAUCAGUGCUGCAUCAUCCGUGUUUCUACCUGGAACAGGCUCAAUUACCUGAAGAACGGAGUGCUAAAGUCUGCCUUAAAAACCGCCAUGUCGCACGACCCCAUCUCCCCGGUGCUUUCCGACGCGCACUUGGGCGCGCUCGAGCAGCGGCUCCUCAGCAUCCUCGCCACGGUGAAGCAGUGCACGGACCAGUUCGGGCCAGACGUUGUGCUGGUGGAAGACAGGAUGACGCUGUCUCAUUUGUAAUGGUAGUGGGGCACAGAUGAAACUCCUUUUU